AUGCUCGACAAAAUCGAUCACAAACCGGUGAUUCGAGAACCGUUGACCGGGUUCAGCGAUCAACAAGAAAAGAUCAGGAGAGAAUUCUGCAAACCGUAUAUUCCGCCAGUGAGAACGGUACAAGAGGAAGUCGUGUCAACUGGUAACGCAUUUCCACCAGGACAGAAACAAAAACUUUUACCAUGGGAAAGAACGCUCGUGGUUACGGAAAAACAAGACAAACCAAAGGACACCGACGCGCCUCCGUUGGUGGAUCAGCUGGAGUUGAUCCGACAGCUGCGAGAUGAUCCGAAAAUUGGAUUUUUUUAUAUGAUCUACGCUGUGGGCCGAUCCUCGCAGUAUUUCACUCCUUAUGCCUUGAAGCUUGUUCAUUACAAAGAUGUGGGCAAAACGUACAUGACGAUCAGCGCCAGCGGUGUAACCCAAUACACAUCCGACGAAAUCAGUUUCACGCCGAUCGAACAGUGGGAAAGGGAAUAUAAUUUUUAUUUGAAAGUGUUAAACAUAAGAUCGUUCGUGGUGUUUCGAAAGUGGAAGGCGUUCUUCGUAUGGAAGAAAACGAUCUCGUGUCACAAAUUUUUGGAAGCGAGAAAUUAUUUACAAGAGAAUCUUUUUAUAUCGGAUCCGAUUCUCAGCAAAGCUUUGUUAGAGAUCAAGUCGAUGUGCUCGGUCUUUCUCGAUUCAAACUUUUUCGAUGGUAGCACGAUCGAAAAAUUGCUGCUCUUUUAUUUCGUAGAGAAACAGUUCGCUAAACUCGAACGAAUCAGAGAUAAAUUGGACGAGUUCAGGGUACUAGCGAAAGAUAUUGUUAACAACGCCUGUUUGGGUGCACUGUUACGAGCUGGAUACACACCGGAUGAUUCUAAUAUAACGAUCGAACAAACUGCUUUUGGAAAAUUGGGUAAUUAUUUGGUUUGUGCUGUUAAGUUUAAAAUGCCGAAAGACGGUGUUCUAAAAAUGAGUUAUAUCGAGCAGGCCAGAAAAAGGGAGAAAUGUUACCGGCUCUCUUGCUUCAUUCACCUGAUCGAUUACAUGAAAACGAACAUGAUGCACGGUCUACUGGUAAACACUUACACGGCGUUUAUAGCGGCCCUGAGGACUCACACGGAAUGUUUACCCGACGACGAGAUGAUAGAGAACGAUGUAAUUGAUAUUCCGCUGAAAAAAACAUUGUCUACGAACCCACGUAUUCAGUGGCCAUAUUUCGUGGUGGAUCUGCUAAUUUUACCGUCAUCGGAAAUCGUAAUGGAUCCAUCCGAAUCGAUCUUUCGGUUCGUGAUACAAACGAUUGAAAUUAUGUGGGAGGAGAAUAUAUUCGCGAUCAGACCUCUUCUCUCUGAUCCUUUCUUUCACUCGUUCACCAGGCCUAUGAUCAAUCGCAAGAUAGAAGAACGGAUUUCCGGUAAUCCUCCGGAGAUGCAAGACGUGCUGAAGCAAGACCCGAUCACGCGAGCCCUGAAAAUCGAGCUGAAAGAUAUUCUCAAACAGAAUUUCGAUAUCGUGAAACGUUACUGUGUACGUUUCGAUGGUAUUCGCGAAUUCCAUCGCGAGGACACAGUGUUCGAUGAGAAUAUCAUUCGCGACAAUCGGGACUGCAAGUUGUUCCGCGAGUGGAGCAUACGGUACAGAAGCGAGGUGGAAUUGAUCGGUAAAGUUAUCGAUUCUCAGCCGUUGGGCAUUUUCUUCGUUCAACUGGAACGAUUCAAGGUCGCCGCGGAAAUCGCUCCCAGAGGGAAGAUCGGAGUGAUCGAAGCCGUUAUGCCUGGGCUAGGAAAGACCAGAGUCGACGCUCUGUUGACGCAAGCCAUUGACUCGAUUAAUUAUCUGGAAUCGGACCCGGUCACUACGGAAGACUAUGUCGCGUACAUAACGUUCGUGGACAAGGCACGGGAGACCGUGGAUGAGAUGGAAGCGCAGCUCGAUUACGUGAAAGAGCUGUACGACUUGAUGGAGGAGUUCAACUUUCCUAUACCGUCGAUGGAUAUGGCGAAUUAUCUGGGAAUCGGCGCGCAUUUCACCAGUUUACGAUUGGUGGUGGAGAACAUGCUCGAGGCGCGACCGAAGUUGAUCAACAAAUUCAAUGCUCAACUCCAUAAGGAUAUUACGGCAUUGAACGAGAGCAUAUCGGAGAUCCACGACGAAAUAAUGCAACCUUGGUUAUUGGACUACGAAAGCGACGACGUGGCCUGUCUUGAUACUUUGAAGGACCUUGGUAACCGACUGGCAGCCUGCUCAGCGAUCGCGGAGGAAUAUCGUGCUCAUCAAAGGGCGUUCAAGCUCGAGCAGACGAGAUUUGACGUAUUGGAUCAAGUGACGAACGAGCUGAGGCUGCGCACCCUGUUGUGGGAGACGCUCGUCGAAUGGGAGAGCGCUGUCUGCGAGUGGCAUUCGGCCGAUUUCGAUACGUUGAACGUGGACGAUAUCACCUCGUUCACGAUGCGUACCAUGAAGAAUCUGAUCCAAUUGGAACGCGGCCUGCCGCCAAAUAACAUUGUGCCCGAUUUGAAGGAGAACGUCGAGCUACUGCGAAACAAAUUACCGGUUCUGGGUUACCUGAGGAAUCCCGAUCUACGGGACCGACACUGGGAUCGAAUCGAGCAAAUAUUGAACUACAUGUUCAUGCCAGAUGUGAAGAAAACCUGGGUACAGCUGGAGAAUCUUGGCGCUUUUCUGAAGCCGAACGAACUGAUGGAGGUCGCCGCUGCGGCUAGUUCCGAGGCGAAUCUGGAAUACAUGCUGAAGAGGGUCGUGGAAACAUGGGAAGAGCUGAAGUUCGUGGUAGUGCCCCAUAAAGAGGAGAAGGACAUAUUUAUUUUGGGCAGUCUGGAGGAAGUGCAAACCGCGAUGGACGAGAGUAAUAUCAAUUUGCAGACCAUCAACGCGUCCCGUCACGUUGGACCGAUACGGCCGUUGGUGGAGGAAUGGGUUCAGAAGCUCGAUCUGUUCGUCGAUACUCUGGAAGCGUGGCAGUACUUGCAGCAACAGUGGAUGUAUCUCGAGGCGAUAUUCUCGGCUCCAGACAUUCAGAGACAGCUACCGAUGGAGGCGAAAUUGUUCAUCGAGGUCGACAAGUUUUGGAAGGACCUGAUGAGACGAACGUUCAAGUUUCCUUUGGCUAUGCCUGCUUGCAUCCAGCCGGGCUUGUUGGAACAACUGGAAGAGAACAAUCGACAUUUGGACGAAGUGAUGAAGUGUCUGGAAGCGUACCUCGAGACGAAACGCGUUGCGUUCCCGCGAUUCUUCUUCCUGUCGAACGACGAGCUGUUGGAAAUCCUGGCUCAGACGAAGAAUCCGCACGCAGUGCAACGACACCUACAGAAAUGCUUCGACGCGAUACACCGAUUGGAGUUUGCGAUGAAGGAGAGCGGGACCGGUGACGAGCAGGUGAUGACUACCGAUAUUGUCGCAAUGAUAUCGCCGGAAGGCGAGAGAGUCCCUCUUGGGCAAGGCUUGAAAGCCCGAGGGAACGUCGAGGAUUGGCUGGGUCGAGUGGAAGAGGCGAUGUUCUCUACGUUGAGAAGACGAAUGAAGCAGGGAAUCAAGGAUCUGGACGCGAAAGGACGACAGCAAUUUCUGUCUAUGCAUCCUUCCCAGAUUAUCCUCACCGUGUCCCAAAUCUUCUGGACCCGAAAUAUCCAUUUAAUCUUGGAGUCGAACGGUCACGUGCUGCAGAACAUGCGAGCGUUCGAGCAGAAAUGUUUCACGGAUUUGAAUGAAUUAGCGGUGAUGGUCAGGGGUGAAUUGCCGAAAUUGAUACGGGACGUUAUAAUCAAUUUAAUAACCGUGGACGUUCAUGCCAGAGACAUCGUGACAACUAUGGUCGAGCACAAAGUAUCGUCCAGCACGAGCUUCGAUUGGAUGAAAGCGUUGCGUUACUACUGGGACACAGAUAUCGACAAUUGCGUGGCACGUAUGAGCAACGCCGAAUAUCUUUACGGAUACGAGUAUCUUGGCGCCCAGAAGAGGCUCGUUAUAACGCCCCUCACCGAUCGAUGCUACCUGUGCCUUAUGGGAGCCCUUCAGUUAGAUCUGGGCGGUGCUCCGGCUGGUCCGGCCGGGACCGGAAAAACUGAGACUACAAAGGAUCUAGCGAAAGCUGUUGCGGUUCAGUGCGUCGUGUUUAAUUGCUCGGAGGGUCUGGAUUACAGAAUGAUGGGGAGAUUCUUCUCUGGGUUAGCGACUUCUGGGGCCUGGUGUUGUUUCGACGAGUUCAACAGAAUAGACAUCGAGGUGCUGUCCGUGAUAGCUCAACAAUUGAUUACGAUUAGGAACGCGAAAAUCGCCAGGGCGAAAGAAUUCAUGUUCGAGGGUCGAAUGAUAAAGCUAGUGAUGUCCUGCGCGACAUUUAUCACCAUGAAUCCUGGUUACGCAGGUCGUACCGAAUUACCCGAUAAUUUGAAGGCCCUGUUCCGACCGUUCGCCAUGAUGGUUCCGGAUUACAAAUUGAUAGCCGAGGUCACAUUGUACUCAGAGGGAUUCGAGUCGUCGAAACCGUUAUCGCAGAAGAUGACUCUAAUGUAUACGCUCAGUAGCGAGCAACUUUCUCAACAGGAUCAUUACGACUUCGGAAUGAGGGCGGUGAAGAGCGUGUUGGUAAUGGCGGGCAGUUUGAAACGCGACAAUCCCGACAAACCUGAGGACGUCGUCUUGAUUCGUGCAUUAAGGGAGAGCAACAUACCGAAGUUCUUGCGUGACGACGCCGAAUUGUUCGAGGGUAUCGUGGGAGAUCUGUUUCCAGGCAUUGUGAUCCCCGAGGAGGAUUACGGUGUUUUGCAAGAAACAGCUAUUACGAUAAUGGAAGAAGCCAGACUGCAGCCAGAACGUUGCACCCUGAAGAAAGCUAUUCAGCUUCACGAAUGUCUACAGGUGAGACACGGUGUAAUGCUGGUCGGACCAACCGGCGCAGGAAAGACCACUGUGCUGCGAACUCUCGCCGCGACGUACAACAGACUCCACGAGAUGGGUGUACGCGGGCCGAUUUAUCAACCGGUACACACGUACGUGAUCAAUCCGAAAGCGAUCACCAUAGGCCAAUUGUAUGGACAAGUGGACAUGAUGACCAAUGAGUGGCAUGACGGACUAAUAGGAACCACUGUUCGUCAUGCUUGUGCAUCUGUCACGGAGGAUCAUCAGUGGAUCGUAUGCGACGGCCCUGUCGACGCUAUAUGGAUCGAAAACAUGAACACCGUCUUGGAUGACAACAAAAUGCUCUGCCUGGCCAACUCUGAAAGGAUCAAAUUCACGCCGUAUAUGCGGAUGCUUUUCGAAGUGAUGGAUCUAUCUCAAGCGUCACCAGCCACUGUCAGCCGAUGCGGAAUGGUGUACGUUGACCCAGCGGAACUAAAGUGGAUGCCAUACGUGAAGACUUGGGUGACGAAUCUUCCGGAAACGCUUCUUAAAGAUGAAUAUCGAGAGUUGAUCGUCAAUCUUUUCCAAAGAUAUUUCGAGGCGGGACUAAUUUUUUGCAGAAUGAACUGCGAUUUCCCGAUUUCUCAGGUGGAUAUCAGCAAAGCAAAUAUGACUUGUACGAUAAUCGAAAGUUUUUUAAACGAGCCGAAAGCCAUUGAACGAUCCACCGACAAAGCACGAAUAAAAACGUUCAUCAUCCAGAUGUUCGUGUUCGCUUACCUUUGGUCGGUCGGUGGUAACGUUGUCGAUGCGUCUCGGGAGAUCUUCGAGGCUUUUGUGAGAAAGCAGUUCGACGAAAACGAAGAUGCACUAUUGCCAUCGAUCGACCUGUGGGAUCUUUACGUGAACGUUUCGGGUCAUCGAUUGGACGUUUGGACGGACAUUAUGCCGGAAUUCUUGUACGACAGCGAGACACCGUUCUUCGAUAUUCUCGUACCGACCGUGGACACCGUACGAUUCGGUUAUAUGAUGAAGAAAAUGGUGGAAACGAACAAACCGGUGUUCUUCACCGGAGACACCGGAGUUGGAAAAUCAGUGAUAACGAAGGUGAUGCUGAAAAGUUUGGAGGACACUCAACUCUGGGUACCGAUCACCUUGAUAUUUUCGGCUCAAACCAGCAGCGGUCGGACCCAAGAGAUUCUCGAACUGAAACUGGAGAGGAGAAAAAGGACCGUUUUAGGGGCGCCGAUUGGAAAACGUAUGUGUGUCUUCGUCGAUGACGUUAAUAUGCCGAAACUGGAUACUUAUGGUUCCCAACCGCCGAUCGAACUAUUGCGACAACUGUUGGACUUCGAAGGGAUGUACGAUCGAGAGAAAUUAUUCUGGAAACGGGUAGAGGACGUCGUAUUCGUGGCGGCUUGCGCACCGCCAGGUGGCGGUAGAAAUCCUCUAACACCAAGAUUCGUGAGGCACUUCGCGAUGCUGCUCAUCCCAGCACCUACCGAAAUGUCGUUGAAAGGAAUUUUCAAGGCGAUAAUGCACGGGUUCCUGGACGAUUUCGUCGAGUCUGUGAAACUGGUGGGUGAGAAAAUCGUGAACGCAACUGUGGACAUUUAUCGAAGAAUCGCGGAGGAUCUGUUGCCCACCCCAGAAAAGAGUCACUACAUCUUCAAUCUCCGUGAUCUGUCCAAGUGCAUCCAAGGUAUCAUGCAAGUCAACGCCACGUUUAUAAAACAGCCUCAGGAGAUGUACAGGCUUUUCUAUCACGAGUGCCUUCGUGUCUUCCACGAUCGUCUGAUAAACACAGAGGACAAGAGUUAUUUCUACAGACUUCUGAACAACGUAUGCACCGGUACCUUUGGCACCGAGGUGGUUCGACUACCGGACGAGAAAAGCAUGGAGAAGCCACCGGCACUGUUGUUCGGUGAUUUUAUGGCGUUCGGAGCGGCCAGAGAGCAACGAAUCUACGAGGAACUCACCGAAAUCCCGAAAGUUAAGAGGACUUUGGAGGACUAUUUGGAAGAUUACCGCUUCUCCGUCGGUAAGGACAUGGGGAUAAUUUUCUUCAUGGACGCCAUCGAGCACGUUUGCAGGCUGGCUCGAAUUCUUCGAUCCGAGAGGGGCAACGGCCUUCUCGUCGGUGUCGGUGGAAUGGGAAAGCAAAGUCUAACGAAACUGGCGUCCCACUUGAACGGUUACAAAUGUUAUCAGAUCGAAGUGACGCGUACGUACGACAAGAACGCCUGGCACGAAGACCUUCGACGGUUUUAUUUCGAACCCGGUGCCCUUGCGAUGCACACGACGUUUUUAUUCACGGACACGCAGAUCGUACAGGAAGAGUUCUUGGAGGACAUAAAUAAUACCUUAAACACGGGGGAGGUACCGAAUUUAUACGAGGCGGACGAACUAGAAAAAGCUAUCAUAGCCACCAGACCCGCGGCGAAAGAAGCGGGUAUUACCGAAACGAACAGAGACGGAAUAUAUCAGUUCUUCAUCGGAAGGGUCAGAAAUCAGCUUCACCUAAUGAUCUGUAUGAGCCCUAUAGGCGAUGCGUUUAGACAUCGCUGUCGCAUGUUUCCAUCGUUGGUGAACUGUUGCACGAUCGAUUGGUUCACUAAAUGGCCGAACGAUGCCCUACUCUCGGUAGCGGAGAACACAUUGGCCGCGGUUGUGUCAACGGAUUCGGCGAAACUAGCUGGUCUCAGUUCCAUUUGCGUCUUGAUCCACGAGACUGUGGAAGAGGUAACGGUCCGAUUCUUCGUGGAGAUGCGUCGAAGGUAUUACACCACGCCGAGCAGUUACCUGGAGCUCCUGAAACUAUUUCGUACCACCCUGGAAAAGAAGAGAAACGGAAUCGAGACACUGAAGAGUAAAAUCGCGAAUGGGCUGAAUAAACUGCUCGAGACCAACGAGAUGGUCGCCGUUAUGAAAGAGCAUUUAGUCGAGCUUGCCCCGAAGUUGAAGGUGAGCACGGAGGAAGUGUCGAAAUUGGUGAAAAUGCUCGCGAAACAACAAUUCGAGUGCGACAAAGCCAAGUACGUCGUGACCGCCGAGGAAGCAACGGCAAAAUUGAAAGCGGACGAAACAGCGGUUUUGGAAGCUGACGCUAGACAAGACCUCGAAGCGGCGAUACCUGCCCUGAUGGAAGCUCAAAAGGCAUUGGAAGCAUUGAACAAGAACGAUAUCAACGAAAUUCGUGUAUUUAAUAAACCGCCACAUUUGGUACGCUUCGUCAUGGAGGCCGUUAAUUUGUUGCUCGGUGAAAAGACAGAUUGGCCGUCGGCCAAGUUGGUUCUCGGCGACAUACAUUUUCUCGACCGUUUGAUGGCGUACCCGAAGGACGAGAUAAGCGACAAGCUUCUAAACAGGCUGCAGGAAUACGUCAAUCAUCCGGAAUUUCGGCCGGAUUUGGUGGCCAGGCAGAGCAAAGCGUGCAAGUCGAUGUGCAUCUGGGUGAGAGCGAUGGACGGCUACGCCAAGAUCUACAGAGUUGUCGAGCCGAAACGCCAAAGGUUACACCAAGCGGAAGCGGAGCUGCGAGCGAUCGAAGAACUUCUUGCCCUCAAGCAGGGUCAACUCGCCGCGUUGGAGAAAAAGAUCCAGCAGUUACAGACGCAAUACGAUACGGCUUUGAAGAAUUUGAAAACUUUAGAAACGAAAAUGAUGCUUGCAGAGGCGAGACUGAACAGAUCCGGUCGAUUGACGUCCGCGUUGGUGGACGAACGGAUCCGAUGGGAGAAAAUGACGCACGAGUUCGAUAAUCAAAUCGUGAAUUUAACGGGUGACACGAUGGUCGCCGCCGGGGCUUUAGCGUAUCUUGGCGCGUUCACCAACGAGUACAGAGAAGAAUUGGUCCAGAUUUGGUUGAACAGUUGCAAAAACUAUGACAUAAAGACUACAGAGAAUUAUAGUCUGAUCUCGAUAUUGGCUGACCCAUACGAAAUUCGACUAUGGAAUACGUAUGGGUUACCGAGAGACAAGGUCAGCACGGAAAACGCUAUCUUCGUGACGCAGUCGAAUCGUUGGCCUCUGAUGAUCGAUCCUCAAGAACAGGCGAACAGGUGGAUACGGAACAUGGAACAAGAUAACAACCUGAAGAUCUGCAAACUGACGGAUACGAAUUUCACGAGGAUACUGGAAACGUCUAUAAGGCUCGGGACACCUGUACUGUUGCAAGAAAUCGGAGAAACGUUGGAUCCUAGUUUAGAGCCCGUGUUACUUAAACAAAUCUUCAUGUUGGGCGGCAGGAUGCUGAUACGAUUCGGCGACACGGACGUCGACUACGAUAAAAAUUUUCGGCUGUACAUCACGACAAAGAUCGCGAAUCCUCAUUAUCUGCCGGAAGUCUGCAUAAAAGUGACUAUAGUGAAUUUCACUGUGACCAUUGGAGGCCUCGAGGAGCAAUUAUUGGCGGACGUGGUGCGCCUUGAAAGACCGGACCUCGAAACAAUGAGAACCGAUUUGAUAAUGAAAAUAAACGCCGACAAGGGCCAGCUGCAGAGUAUCGAAGACAGAAUACUGACGCUGUUGUACGGUGCGGGCGACGAUAUUCUGGAUAACGAGGAGUUGAUAGAGACCCUGAACGACAGCAAAGAGACCUCCGCGAUCAUCGCCACCAGAUUGAUCGAGAGCGAAGCCACAGAAGAGAAGAUAUCGGUGGCACGUGAACGGUAUCGAUCGGUUGCGAAUCGUGGAUCUGUCCUCUAUUUCGUCGUGGCCAAUCUCGCGAACAUCGAUCCUAUGUACCAAUUUUCAUUGAAGUAUUUUAAUCAGGUAUUCAAUUCGGUGAUCGAAAUGACCGAAAAGGACGAGGAUCUGAAUCGACGAUUGCAGACGUUGCUCAUCGAGAUAACGCUGGCCGUUUAUACGAACGUCUCGCGCGGUCUCUUCGAGAAACACAAAUUGGUCUUCAGUUUUAUGCUGAAUAUUGCGAUCCAUAUAAACGAGAAUAUUGUCACCCAGGCGCAAUGGAAUUUUAUGUUACGUGGCGCCACGCAAAUCGGCGUGGUAAAUAUGCCGGAUUAUCCGACAUUGACGGGUCAAAUGUGGGCCUCGGUGAAUUACCUGGCCAACACGUUCCCGAGCUUCAAGAAUAUCAUGAAUGACGCGUUCAAGAUAAUUCAGUUAACCGUUGGAUAUUUCCAGGAAGCUAUCAAUGUCAUACCGACCAACACAAUUAAAGCGACGCGCGACUGGGACAAUCGAUUGACUGACAUAGAAAAGUUGAUGUUGCUGAAAGCAUUGAAGGAAGAUCAGUUGAUUUUCGCAAUCACCGCCUACGUGGCGAAGAAUCUUGGUCAGAAAUUCGUGGAGUCGCCGAUGGUAGCGUUGCAGCUCCUUUUCACAAACACGUCGAACAAAAUACCGUUGGUGUUUAUCCUCACCACAGGAUCGGAUCCGUUCAGUGGAUUUCUGAGAUUUGCAGCUGAAACGGGUUUCUCCGAGAAAUACGAUUCCAUUUCGCUGGGGCAAGGUCAAGGGCCUGUCGCCGAGGGCCAUAUACGAAAGGGCACCAUGGAGGGUAGAUGGGUGUUCUUACAGAAUUGUCAUUUGGCUACCUCGUGGAUGAUUAAGAUGGAGCAAAUCGUUCUGGAAAUCGCCGAGGAACAGGAGGGGAAGAUACACGCCGAUUUUCGAUUGUUUCUGAGCUCGAUGCCGAGCGUCGCGUUUCCGGUUUCUGUUCUUCAGAACGCGGUGAAGGUGACCAACGAACCGCCGAAAGGUCUAAAGGCGAACAUAAAAAGAGCGCUUCACGAUUUGGAAGAUGAAUUCUUCGAGCAGCACUUUUUAAAAGAAAGAUGGCGCAAAACUAUAUUUGGAGUUUGUUUCUUCCACGCGAUCAUUCAAGAACGGAAGAAGUUCGGUCCAUUGGGGUGGAAUAUUCUUUAUGAAUUCAACGACAGCGACAGGGAGUGUUGUUUACUUAAUCUGAAAUUAUUCUGCGUGCACGAGCAGAUACCCUGGAACGCGUUGAUAUACACCACAGGCGAAAUUACUUACGGAGGUCGGGUCACAGACAGCUGGGAUCUAAGAUGUAUGAAAACCAUACUGGAUAUAUUCUUCUCUCCUAAAACUCUAAUAGAGAAUUAUGUUUAUUCGCCCUCCGGGAAAUACUACUGUCCUGUCUUCAAGACAUUGCAAGAGUACAAAGAUUUCGUGGAGAAUUUCCCCAUAAUCGAUGAUCCAGAGGUCUUCGGAAUGCACGAAAACGCAAACAUUAGUUAUCAAUUGAAAGAAGCACAGUUUAUCGUGAACACCAUUUUGGAAGUGCAACCGAAAGAGUCCGUCGUCAAAGAAGGAAAAUCCACUUCGGAUAUAGCGUACGAAAUUGCGGAUAUGAUUCUAGCUCGAAUUCAGUCCAAGAUAGAUCCGGAACAAUGUAAUCCGAAACACAUGAUAAGGGACUCGAAAGGAAGACUUCCGUCGCUGACCACUGUCCUCAUUCACGAGGUCGACAGAUAUAAUAUACUGCUAAGGAGAAUAUGCACUUCAAUUGAAAAUUUGCAACGAGCCAUUAAAGGGUUUGUAGUCAUGUCCGAGGAAUUAGAGAAUGUCUUCAACGCUCUUGUCAAUAAUCAGGUACCACAAAUAUGGCAUAACGCGAACGUCUAUCCUUCGUUAAAAACACUGGGAAGCUGGAUAAGAAAUUUGGAGCUACGAGUCGAUUUCAUUCAAACCUGGCUGAUCCACCAAAAACCUCUUUCUUUCUGGAUUUCUGGCUUAUCGUUUCCACAAGGAUUUUUAACAGGCAUGCUCCAAACCUGUGCAAGGAAAUAUAAUACACCUAUUGAUCAUCUGCAGUUGGAUUUCAUUCCUACCAAAGUGGUUCUUGAUCAAGAAGAAAUUGAGGAGGAACAUAGAGAAUCUGGACAUGAGGUAUUGAAGGUGUAUCAAGGCUUAGUUGCACCACAGGAUGGAGUAUUAAUACAUGGAUUGUUCAUUGAUGCUGGUAGAUGGGAUUUUCAAUCGAUGAGUUUAAUAGAUGCAAACAUAGGUGAAAUGCAUCCAACUUUGCCGGUUCUGCACAUAAAUCCAGUAUUAGAAUUAUCAAAGGAUGAUCCCAGAUAUGUUUGUCCCUUGUACAAAACAGCUGUACGUGCAGGUGUACUGUCUACAACAGGACAUAGUACAAAUUUUGUUGUUGCAGUAUUACUUCCAUCUGCAAAGGAACAGGCAUAUUGGAUCUUAAAGGGAACAGCUCUUUUAAUUGAAAUU